AUGGGCAGAUCAGAAUUGUUUGGGCAUUUUGUAUUGUUUUUUCUGAUAGGAUAUGAAUGCUUACUUGGCUGGUCUAUCACUACCAGUACUCACCAAUUAUCAAUUCUCAUCAAUUUCUUUCUCAUGAUUCUUAUUUGUUUACGCUGGUACUUUGUCAUGGAAGAAACUAAGUUAAUCAAGGUGCUGAUAAGGAAAUGUGUUGGUUUCCUUGAAUAUCUCAGCUCUUUCAGUUUUCUUGCGUUUAUGAUUUACUACAUUAUCACUCAUGAAUCCACAACACCUAUCAUCAACAUGCUGAUGCUGAAAUGGUUGGAUUUCCUGGUUCGUUUGCUUGUAUUUCUUGUUUGUUUAAGCUGCGGCUACUAUCUUCCUUAUGGAUUUCCAUAUCGGAUCAACGUGCUGCUAGGGAAAUGUUGUGAUUUGUUAUUUCUUAACUUUAGCGGUGUCCUGGAAGAGAUUACGUUAAUCAGGACACAAGUGAUGGAGAUUUAUGAGAAGAAGAUGUAUGGCAUUGGCAUCAUAGAGGUCCAGAAAAUUGGGAGGCCUUCUAAUGGAGCUUCAUCAAGACCCAUCAGUCCAACAUUACAGGAAGAAACAAUAGUGGGUUUCAAUGAUGAAGCAACGACAAUAAUGGAGCUGCUUACUCAAGAAUAUGAAAAGCAAUUAAAACUUGUGUCAAUUGUUGGAAUGCCUGGACUCGGUAAGACAACUCUAGCCAGAAAAGUGUACAAUCAUCCUCUCAUUCAAUAUUACUUUCCUAUUCGUGCUUGGACUUAUGUGUCUCAAGUGUAUCGGAAAAGGGAUUUGUUGCUUGCCAUUUUUCGCUCUGCUUUCCAAUUUAGAUAUGAAAUUUGCCAUAUCAGCGAUGAGAAGUUAGGUGAAGACUUAAGUAGAAUUAUAUGCACUAGUCGGCAUGAAGGUGUGGCUUUAGCUUUGCAUGCUAAAUUUCACCGAUUGCGUUUUCUAGAUGAAAAUGAGAGUUGGGAUCUAUUACGACUGAAGACAUUUCGGGAAGGUAGUUGCCCUCCAGAGUUGAUGGAAACUGGAAAACAAAUUGCCAGAAAAUGUCACGGACUUCCCCUUGCAAUUAUUGUAAUAUCUGGGCUUCUUGCAAAAAAUGACAAGACACUUGAAUGGUGGAAGCAUGUUGCUGGAAGUGUAAGUUCAUACAUUGUUCGUGACCCUGAGAAAUACAUGGACACAUUAGCACUAAGUUACAACCACUUGCCUCUGCACUUGAGACCAUGUUUUCUCUAUUUUGGAGCAUUCCCAGAAGACUAUGAAAUCCCUGUGCGAAAAUUGAUAUGGUUGUGGAUCGCUGAGGGAUUCAUAUGGAAAAAUGACGAGAAAAGGUUGGAAGAAGUGGCAGAGGAUUACUUGAUGGAUCUGAUUGAUAGAAGUCUUGUAACUGUUUCCAAGACAAGGUUUAAUGGUGCAGCCAAAGCAUGCCGUGUCCAUGAUCUCUUACAUGACUUGUGCUUGAGAAAAGAGAAUUUAUCUUAUGCCAAUGCAUCCAGAGUCCGUUCUAUCUUGUCCUUUGGCCCUUCAGAUUGGUGGAAUAACUUGUGUCUAAUGAAUGCGCCAUUCAUUUAUCAAGAAUUCAUACUUCUUAAGGUUUUGAAUUUAUCAUCCUUCCAAAUUCCUUCAUUUCCAUGGGAAAUUUCACAGGAGUACCUGAUGAUGGCUUCUGCUUUGUUUUGGAUGGCCUACAAACCUUGGGCAAGCUGCAAUCUUUAUAGUGGAGACGAAGAAUCCUUGAAAUGGAUUCCCAACCUUAACAAACUAAAAUGUUAUAUAAGGAAAGGAUUGAAUGGCGAUGAUUAUUUUCCAAAAUUGGACUUUCUGAUUCACCUUGAAACCUUGAAUGUGAUAUCCAAUGAGGCAUUUGAGGGACAAAGAUGGGACACAAAUGGAGAGUUUUGCAAACUCAGAUUUUUGAAAUUUCAAGGUUUGGAUAUCAGGCAAUGGUAUGCCUCCAGUAAUCACUUCCCUAGCCUUCAGCGACUGGUAUUAGAGGGAUGUGCAUGGCUUGAGGAGAUCCCGUUUGGUUUAGGGGAUAUAUCUACACUAGAGGAAAUUCAGCUGCGGAAUUGUAGUUUUUCUCUUGAGAACUCUGCCAAAAAGAUUCAAGAAGAACAAAGGAGCAUGGGAAAUGAUGAGCUAAAGAUCCAAAUCCUUGCACGCAAGAUGGAAUACUGA